AUGACACAGGGCUCAGGUAGACCGCUUGAAGAGCUGCCCGUCGAGCUCCUUCAAUCGAUCCUCGCUGCCGCGCCAGACAUCAAAACCCUGGAGGCCGCCGUCAUGACUGGACCCUGCCUGUAUAACGCCUUCAAAGGAGCAGAAGAGUUCAUCGUGCGGCCAGUCAUACUACGCCAAUUUGACACUGAUCUGCUACACGAUGUCUUAGCAACUCACGCAUCCAGCAAAAUCCAGGACUGGUCCAUCGACCAAGCCGAAAAGUUCUUGACGCCAUACUUUGCCCGCGACCAACACCAUUUCGUCGACUCUAUGAAAUGGAAACUCUCUCAGGCUCGCUCGAUAAACCGAUUUGACGGGACCGUGCAGUACUUUGUCGACCGUUUAGCCACAAAAGCCUUGUCUAUCUACACCUUCUGGAAUGGCAUAAUGUCCCAAGGUGUUCCGCUAACCAAAUUGGAGAGAAACCGGAUUAGUCGCAGUCUGUAUCGAUUCGAAACAUUUUGCAAUUUGUACCCGUCCUGGAAAUAUGCACUGAGAUCUGACACCGGCAAACUGUAUGUCGAUAAUUUUGCACCAUGGGAGAACGAACAAUUAGUCUGCGUUUCCGAGUCCUUAUAUACAAAAUUCAUCCUCCCAGAAUUGACUCUGAGGAAACAAAUUCUAGUUUUUUUGGACCCCAAACUCAGUUCUAAUCGGCCGGAGCCUAUACCUCAAAAGCCCUGGUCGAUCUUUCAAUCAUACGUAGAGGCAUACCCAGAGUCUCACUUGUUUAGCGGCCUUACUCAUAUUCGACGAUUCGCGCUGGAGAAGGACACGGACUUACAACAGAUUGCGCAAGUCGUACGUGGAACACGAGUCGAUGGUAUGGGGGUCGACUCUUUCAUCAAAGACAUGACUCGUUUACUCGGGCAGGAUGAAUCUCCUGAUCUCAAUAAUUUUAGUCCCGAGGACGAAGAAAAGUACAUCCCUCAGCCAUGGUUCCGUGACCCAGACAGUGGGCCAGAAGAUAUAUGGCGAUGGGCCAAUCUAUGGCGCCAGCGGAAACACUUUUUUGCUGCUGGCAGUGCGUAA